UCACUUCCCUCGUCACUGUGUGGUGUUGUCUUUCACACACACACACACACUUGUGUGCAUCUGUUUGAAGAGUAUGAUUUCUUUAUUUCUGAGUGUGUGUGAGAAUGGGAUGUGUGUCUGUGCAGUUUACACUUAACGCUUUGAGCAGCGAACAUGUUUAACCACCUCAGAGCUCGCAGCAGGAGUUUGUUCUCCAGCUACAAGCCCGGCAGCUGGACUCAAGAGGUCAAAGAACCGGUCGAACACCUGGACUUGAUCAGCGCCUUUGUGAAGCCAUGGAACUCCAUGCAGGACCUCGGCAGAGAUAUCUAUGAUAUUUAUGCCGAGUAUGAAAACGAGGAGGUGGAGGAUCGAUUGCCAGUGUCUCCCUCCCGCCUGCUGAAUUCUCCAACCAAACACUUCGUUCUCAACAUCAAUGUUGGAGGAACGGUGUAUCACCUGCCUUACAGGUUAGCUGCCAGGUAUCCAAAGACACGGAUUGGCCGCUUGGCCACGUACACAGACCACAGCAGGAAGCUGGACCUGUGUGAUGACUAUGUCGUCCAGAGUAAUGAGUUCUUCUUUGAUCGUGACCCUACAAUUUUCCACAACAUCUUUAAUUUCUACAGAACUGGAGUGUUGUGGAUUAAAGACGAGCUGUGUCCCCGCAACUUCCUGGAGGAGAUAAACUACUGGGGGGUCAGAAUCAAAAACAGCCAGCGCUGCUGCCGCAUCUCCUUUGAAGAGAGGCAGGACGAGCUGAACGAGCAGCUGAAAAUACAGAAGCAGCUGAUUGCAGAGAUGGGUGCACUGGUGGAAACGAAGGAGAAUGAGGAGCUGUUUAACAGCAUGGUCUUCGGGCAGACCCGGAGGAAAAUCUGGAACCUGAUGGAGAUGCCGUUCUCCUCGAUCACAGCCAAGCUGGUGGCGGUCGCCUCCUCCAUGUUCGUGCUGGUGUCGCUGGUUGCCAUGACCCUCAACACUGUGGAGGAGAUGCAAUACAAGACGCCAUCGGGUCAGCCCAGCGGCAGGUUCUACGGCGAGUAUGUCGAGACGCUUUGCAUCACCUUUUUCACCCUGGAGUACCUUCUGCGCCUGGUCUCCACCCCUGACAUCAAGUGCUUUGUACGCAGCGUGCUGAACACAGUCGAUCUGAUCGCCAUCCUGCCCCACUACUUGCAGAUAAUCCUGGAGUGCUUUGAAUACAAGGACAUCCACAUGCACUCCGGAGACAUCGAGACAGUAGCACGUGUCGGGAAGGUUGGGCAGGUUCUGAGGAUCAUGCGUCUGAUGAGAAUCUUCAGGAUCUUGAAGUUGGCUCGUCACUCGACGGGCCUCAGAGCCUUCGGCUUCACUCUGAGGCAGUGCUACCAGCAGGUGGGAUGUUUGUUGCUCUUUAUCGGCAUGGGGAUCUUCAUGUUUUCAGCCAUGGUGUACACGGUGGAGCACGAUAGCUACAACACCAACUUCACCUCCAUGCCACAUGCGUGGUGGUGGGCUGCUGUGAGUAUUUCCACAGUGGGCUACGGCGACAUGUACCCAGAGACCAACCUCGGUCGCAUCUUCGCCUUUGCCUGCAUCUCCUUUGGCGUGAUUCUCAACGGCAUGCCCAUCUCCGUCCUCUACAACAAGUUCUCCGACUAUUACGCCAAGCUCAAGGCCCACGAGUACACCGCCGUUACAAAGGCCCGCGGGAAGGUGCGCUUCGCCAGGAGCGCAAAGAAGUUCUCAGAGUUCUGUGAUGACACGUUCACCUAAAGUGACGCCGUUGGCUUGUAGAAAUUUAAGAGGAGAAUUAAAAAUUGUGAAAUCAGAUUCCUGAAGACAGUCCCUGAAAUGGCCACAAAAGCAACAGUUAGGCUUCGUCCAGACUGGCAACCGGAUGGUGAGAGGCUGCUGGAAACUUCCUCCGCAAACACUUUUCUGACAUCAGUUAGGCGGGUGUGCAGGGAAAUGGAAGCCAGGCAUUGUACUUCUCAUUCUACCUCUGUUUUCAUGUUACUCAGUGAUUUGUACAACUUUUCAUGUGGGCAGCAGAGUCCAGCGUCAUGCUCUGUUCUCACAAUUUUCAGAGCGACUGUAAACACAUAAGAGGACACAGUUGGAAAGCAGAUUUUCACAACUAGUUCUGAGUGUUCAGAACCCGAGAUAUUUCAGUCAGAUAACCUCCAUCUGUCUGAACCACAAUCAUUUAAAGUCAAACUUGAGGACUGCUUUGUUGAGGACUGCAAUCUGUGUAUUUAUGCAUAUUUUCCAUCUACCCUUCCUCUAUGCAUGACAUAAUCCUAAUAAAUAAAAAAAAAAAAAUUCACACUGGCCAUUGUAGCCUUCAAGGUUGUCUCCUUAUGCACCUCUAGACAGUCAUUUGUGCUGCUGCUGUUUUUACAUUACAUCUUAGAAGUCACGUUCUGACAACCCCCACAAAGUCUCAGAAAGUUUAAAAGUUGUGUUUUCAGUUCAGUGAGAGUGGGCACAUGAUGAACGUGCUGCAGAUGAUGAUCUGCCCAACUGCCUCCUCCAAAAGCCUCUGGGUGUUAGAGUAGAACUGUGUGUGCUGACAAAUUGAUGGUGUUCAUGCCAAACAUGAAGUUCUGCCUUGCACUGGAGUGGGGUGGGGUGGGGGGUGCAUGGACUUAUAAUGUCCAUCUGAUAAGGUAUGGAUAAAAGCAUAGCUUGGUUGGUUUUUGAUGCGCCACCACAUCUUCUUUCUAGACUGAGUCAUGCUCUCCUGGCUGAAGUUAUUAAUUUUACCUCUGUAUGAAAACUUAGAUUAUUCAGUAAUUUAAAUAAAACCCACAUUUAUAAAGAUCUGAUGUCAGUCUCCAUUUUUUUUUUUUGUUGAUCUGGGUAGCAACGUAAAAUUUGGGAUGUCUGAGAAGUGGCAGUCCUGGACGAGCCCCCAGUCUGAUAUUUAACCAAGGUUUAAAUAUCUUCAGCUUGUGUGGAUGCAUAUUUGCUUCUUUUGUGAACACAUCUGAAGGAUGAGUUCACCCAAAUGCUCCUGGUCACAUUCCUGAAGUAUCCCAGGCCUAAACCCCACCAGGGAGGAGGAUCCUUGGCAUGAAAGUCGAGGGUUGGUUUUACAGGUUUUUCUUUGUGUAGUGGUCCAAACAUGGAAGCAGCCCAGAGGUGCACAAGAAAAAACCUUGAAGGGGACAGCAGUCAAAUUUCUUU